GCUAUCAUGAAUGUGAAGUCAAAUUAUGGGAUAAAAAGAAAUUGGCAAGGAGAUCCAUGCAUUCCACUAAGUUACAUGUGGGAUGGUGUUAAUUGCAGCUAUGCUGGUUCUUCUUCUCCAAGGAUCAUAUACUUGAACUUAUCUUCCAGUGGUUUAACUGGAAAUAUAGCAUCAGCCAUAUCCAAUUUGAAGUCAAUAGGAUAUUUGGAUUUAUCAAACAACAGUUUGACAGGAUCAGUGCCUUAUUUCUUAUCUCAACUUCAUUCCUUGAAAGUUCUGAACCUGGAAGGGAAUCAGCUAACAGGAGCAGUUCCAAUGCAACUUAGAGCGAAUUCAAAUAAUGGCAUGCUCAAAACCAGUGCAAGUUUUGGAGGAAAUCAAGGUCUUUGUUAUUCAGGUUCAUGCAGCAAUAGUAAUAAAGUUGUGGUUCCAUUGGUGGCAUCACUAGGUGGAGGUUUUGUUAUUCUAGCAACAGCAAUCACUUCUUUCUUCAUAUUCAAAAGACAUAGAGUAACCUCUGAAAUGGGGAAUCUGAGAGCAUAUUCAAGAAUAAAGAUGGAGUUAGAGUCAAAUAAACAGCAAUUUAGCUAUGUUGAAGUCCAAAAAAUUACCAAAAAUUUUUAAAGGGUUGUGGGAAAAGGAGCAUCUGGAACAGUGUAUCAUGGCUAUGUAGGUGAUACUGAAGUUGCUGUCAAAAUGCUGUCUCCUUCAGACUCAAACUCAGCCCAAGCAUAUCUACAAUUUCAAGCACUAUUCACCCGGUGAGAACAA